AUGAGUGUUUUCUUGUGCGCUCUUAUCACUAAUUGGGUGUCCACAACUGAAGGAUUUGUCCCAAGGGCUGGCUGGACCACUGUCCACAUUGAUAGUGCCACAAGAAAUCCAUCCCACGCCAUUGCAAAAUCGACACGUCUAUUUUCUUCUACUCAAAAGCGACAGCCAUCUCGAGUCGUAGACGAAGAUGGUCCCACCCUUGAUCUAGACGACGGAGAGGCAGACGUAGUAGAUGAAGAUGACCUUCCAGAGCUUCGUGAAGUCGAACGAGCGUCCGACAUGCCCUCCGGUCCCAUUCCCCAUCAACCAUGGCGACGGGGAGAAACCAAUGGCUGCGAAGAUCCUAUUACCGCCGAAUGGAGAGUCAAGGCUGAGGAUAUCAUCUACAGUGCUGCCAAACUUGCUGGGGGCAAGGUACACGAUGUCACUUGGUUUUUGAGUUCGGUCCUCGUCACUUUGGAUGAAGACGUCAGCGAAGCACAAAACCCUUUCAAGGCGUCAGGACCUGUCAUUGAAGUCAGAAAUCCAAGCGACCCCGUAUACUUCGAUCCCAAAGAUCCCAAUCCAGAACCAAUCAUGUCAGAUGACGAGACUAUCGUGUAUCAGAGAGAAACAGAAGAAGAAGCCGAAGAACGAAAGCAAAGAAACCGAAACAGAUGGGCCAAAGGAGAAGACGGAGAACCACAAAUCCCAGAAGGAGAGGACGAAGAUCCACUCGAUAUGUACAUGAAUGAAGAAACAAGAUACGAAACGGCACUCACUGAUGCAGAGGAGGCUAAGGAACUCUACGAACAAGAAGAAAAAAGACCCAAACCAUUCAGAGUUGAUACGGCCGCAAUCAGCACCAUUGCCGGGGCGUUGUUGGAUGCCUUGGAGGAGGCAGAAGCAGAACUUGAAAUCCUUUCACGUCAUGAACUGGUAUUGGCCAGUCCUGGACCACCCGAGUUGUUGGAAACACAAAAGCAAUUCGAUGCAAACAGGGGACAAACUGUCUUUGUAGAAACUCAGGACCCUUGGCAAUCGAACAGGAUUCUGAAGGGAAAGCUCUUGGACCGAAAUGCCAUGGAUGUAUACAUCAACAAACAAGGACGAAUGGUUACGAUUCCAAUGAACUUUGUCAAAUGCGUUCGAGUGGAACCAAAAAAGAAGAGGGAAGCAGAGGCCGCUGACGGAGAAGUGGAAGAGGAGGAAUGA